AUUAAUAGUUAAUUAGUAUAAGUAUCUAAGCAACGCUUCUUGUCGUUGAGGUGUCUGUUACAGAAGACAAACAGGAUCGACAGAAGUAUGACCACAGGAAGAGAGAAAGCAGUGCCCAAAGGAAAAUGUAUAGAUGGGAAAGAAACGUACACGGACAGAGGUGGUUGGUGGAGAAACACUAUUAAGGACUACCCCAUUCCCGGCAGUUACCACAUACGGGACUUCAUAGAGGAGAUGGGACUAAACCCUGUGCCUAGGACGUAUAGCUUCAAAGGCCCCGAGCGAAACACCCUCAUGUCCACCGUGGGUCGAGGGGACGUGCUAUUGCCCGGGGCAUAUCAUUUCACAGACUCAACCAAUGAGGCUCUGCAGCGCCAGGCAACUUACUCUUUCAAAAGCUGUCCCAGACCAGACGUCCACACUUUGGGCCUCAGAGAUAAGGAUAUUAACCUCUCACCCGGGCACUAUGAUGUUACGGAGAAGCCUGUCCCUAAAUCACCCUGCAAACACGUGAUGUUCCGAUCAGUGGUACAGAGGGUCAGCUUUCUCCCAAAGGAGGGACCAGCACCUGGACAUUAUAACCCUAGGUCAAGCACAGGCACUGCAGUCACUUCCUGCUUUAGGUCUACUGUACCACGGCUGUACAGCAUGCACUCGGGAACUCCAGGACCAGGUGUGCAUGAGCCCACAUGGCACAAAGGUCAGCGGCUUAGCACUGAUGUCAAAGUGGACUGGGCCCACGACCUCCUUUUUCGCAACAUACCAUAAACUACAUGUAUUCCUUUUAGUAGUAUUUCCCAUUCUUUUGUAAGCUGGCAUGUGACUGACCUUAAGUGUUGAAAUGUGGUUGAAAUACAGUAAUGAAAGCUGCUGUUUUAACAUCGGAAAAAACAAAAGAUGUAUAUAUUAACACUGAAAGUUUAACAAGAUAUCGAAGAGACACUGAAACAAAAAUAUUGCCAUUUAUUUGAUUUUAAAAAAUCUAUACAAAAUUCAAUAGUGAUUCAACUUCGAUCCAUGAUGUUGCUUCACCUGUGAAUAAUUGUUGAGGCUGGGCUGCCUCUUAAAAGGGUACAAAUCAUAGUAUACGAGGUAUACUACAGGUGCACAUUUAAUACAUUUUCACACACUUCAUUUUUUUUACAAGGGAAGUUCUCAUUGCUAUCUCUAUUAAUGAUCUGACUGGCCAUAUCCACCUUUUAUCUAACGAGCCCACUCUAUUUAAACGAUGUGAGGUAUUUCCAGUUUGGGGAAGUUCCAUUCAAAAAGACUCCAACAAAUCAUUUCAAAUCAUAAGACUGCGCUACAAAUAAUCCUUAUCUGUCGUUUUGACUGAAUGAGCUGUACAUUUUCAUUCAUUUUUUAUUUUUACAAAUGAAUAACGGUAUUAAUGUGACGUGAUAUACUGUAACAACCGUAUCUAGAAUAGCUCUUUCCAGCCUGCUGCAUUAUUUUUCUCCUGAUUAUUUUCAUGCUUUCUUUGUUUUACGCUGUAAGCAAAUGAAAAAAGACAACAUAUACUGUGCAUUUGUGGUCCGCUCUCCUGAUUUAUUUAAUGAUAUAAACCAUUAAUUCCCUGGCUAUA